CUCGAAGCAUCUAGACAUUCUUCCCGCGAACUUAUUUACACGAACACUCCGAUCAAUUCCGUCACCGUUACGUUAAAACACCGUUCUCAGUUUCGAUUCCGUCACCGUCACGAUGACCCUUUCAGCCACCACAUUGAUCGUCACCUUCGCCGCCUUGUGUUUCCUUUUACAAUCCGAAGCCAAAACAAUCGACCCGUACAAGGUUCUCGGGGUUGAUAAAAGUGCUAGUCAACGAGAAAUUCAGAAGGCUUUUCACAAACUCUCUCUACAAUAUCACCCUGACAAGAACAAGGCUAAGGGUGCACAAGAGAAGUUUGCUCAGAUAAAUAAUGCAUACGAGAUUUUAUCAGAUGAACAAAAGAGGAAGAAUUAUGACUUAUAUGGAGAUGAGAAAGGAAAUCCUGGAUUUGAAGCUGGUCAUCCGGGAGGUUACGGUGGUCCUGGUGGAUUUAACUUCAGACCAGGGGAACAACAAUGGGGUAGGGGUGACCAGGGAGGCUCUAAGUCAUUCUCCUUUUCCUUUGGCGGCGGCUCUGGUGAUUCAAAUUCUUUUGGAUUUGGUUUGGAUGAUCUUCUUGGAAACUUUUUUGGUGAUUUUGGCAGUUCAUUUAGGUCUCAAUCAUCUCAAUCUGGGUCCAAGAGUUCCCCCAAAAGUUUUAAGGCCAUAAAUUCAAAUAUCUAUAACAAAGAAAUAGUCGAUGAAGGAAUGACUUGGCUUUUGUUAUCUUAUUCACCCUCUUUGAGGGGCAUCCAACACUUUGAGUCCAUUAUAGGGGAGGUUGCUGGUACACUGCAAGGAGCUUUGAAGGUUGGAAGCAUUAACUGUGAAAAGGAAGUCUCAUUCUGUAAGGAGCUCGGCGUAUAUCCGCGCAAAGGUCCAAGGCUUUUUGUUUAUUCUUACAAAGAGAAUGAAAAGGGUUCUCUGGUGGAGUACGGCGGUGACUUGGCUGUCAAGGAUUUGAAAGCUUUCUGUCAACAACACUUACCAAUGUUUUCAAAACGGACUGACUUGAAUCAACUUGAUCAAUUUAGCACUGCUGAAAAGUUACCUAGGGUGCUGCUUCUCUCAACCAAAAAGAACACUCCUGUAAUUUGGCGUGUUCUUAGUGGCUUGUAUCGCAAACGCUUUGCCUUCAGUGAUGUACAGGUUCAUGAUGAUUCUGAUUCGCGAGUGAGAAAGCUAGGUGUUGAUGCACUUCCAGCUAUUCUAGGUUGGCUACCUAAUGGAGAAAAGCUCAUUCUGAAAACGGGGGUUUCUGUGAAAGAUGUAAAAUCUGGUGUACAAGAUCUUAGUAAGAUACUGGAUAGUUUUGAGAAAGUAAGUAAAAAGGAAACAUCAAGUCAGUCCAAGAAAGAACAAGCUGAUUCAGAAGACAAACACAUUCAGUUGCUUUCUCGGACAAACUUUGAGGCUCUUUGUGGGGAGAGAACUCCAGUAUGCGUAAUUGGUGCCUUUAGAUCUUCCAAAGGAAGGGAAAAGCUAGAAUCACUUCUCACUUUGGUCUCACAGAAGUCCUUGUCAAGAAAACCAAAUGGAAGCGGCAGCUCUAAGGACUCCAUUUCCUAUGGUCUCUUAGAUUCUUCAAAGCAACAAUCCUUUCUAAAUGCAUUUGACAAAACAGGUUAUAAAUCAUCAGAUAAGUUAUUGAUUGCCUACAAACCUCGGAAAGGGAAAUUCACUGUAUUUACAGGUGAAAUGACCGUAGAGGAAGUAGAGAAUUUUAUCAGCUCCGUUCUAAGCGGAGAUAUACCAUUUAGGGAAACACAUAAGAAGCCUGUACUCAAAUAGAGCAUUAGAGUAUAUUUGGUUACCUACAAACCUCAGUGUUUUGCAGAUAUACGAGAUAGAAUCAGAUCAACUUCACUACCAACAAGAGUACAUAUGAUACACAACAGAAACGAGUCCAAAAUUUAAAAAUUUGCAAAUAGCUGCGGAUCCAACUAAUUUUGUGCUUUGGUCCAUCGAAAUUUUGGCAAUGACAUUUUAAAGUAGUUGGUUUUUGGUUAAUGUGCAUUCUUGUGUAUGACUGCUGUGAAAUCUUUUGUAGUUUAUCAUAAUGUAAACAUGCAGUGUCUUCUUUCAUUGGGGAGUUUAGACCAAAGGCUCUAUUAAUUAUAUGACCAUCUCAUGCAUUAGCAGGGAAUAAUUCAGUUAUUUGAUCAUCAGAUAAUUA